ACGGCCGUAAGAGAUGAUUUUAAAUUUUUUUGUAGUUGAAUUAAUGUGAAUAUAAUUAUGGUCAAUAUAUUAUGUGAUCGAUCGAACCCAUCGAACCUAGGACGAAAAUACAAUCUCUAGUUCCGAUUCAUAAUAUUAAUCUAGUUCAACUAGGUACCCGAAUUAUUAUAAAAACAAUGUCAUUCACUAAUGAAGGCAAUUUUAUAGGCGAAAUCUGGAAACACUAGAAAAGUCGCAAACUGUAAAUAAACAGUAAUAAUAUCGGGUGAGUCAGAUUUAUUAGGAAAAUAGAUAAACAAGCAAAUAGGAAGUGAUAAACUAACAUGUGAACUACUUCUUCUAGUGUGGAAUUUGUUGGGCUACAAUGUCUGCGAGUGAAAAAUACGUGGAACACAAUGUGGAGCAUUACCAGCAGCGAUACAACUGGGACUGCGGAGUGUCCUGUGUGCUGAUGAUGCUGCCAAGAGAACAGAGAGAGGAGAUGCUCAACAACUUCGAGGAUAUCUGCGAGGAGGAGGGCUUCAGACAGUCUACGUGGACUAUAGACCUGUGUUAUCUAUUGAAGAGAUUUGGCAUCAAGCAUAGCAUGUACACCACAACACUGGGAGUGAAUGAAGACUGCAGGAGACACGGAUACUAUGACAGAAUUAUUCAUAUGGACCGUGACCGAGUGCUACGUCGGUUCGACGAGGCGACGUCCCGGGGCAUCCACGUGAGGAAGCAGUCGCUCGGCUACCGCGACCUACUCCUCCACUUGCAUACAUCAGGUCCUGCUAUAUUGCUGGUCGAUGCUACACUGCUGGUCUGUGAUCUCUGCAAGCAUAACAAAUUGAAGGCUGAGUUCAGACGUUGUUUCGGCGGCAGUUACUCGGGGCACUACAUCGUGGUGGUGGGGGCCCGCGGCAGUAAGCUGCUGUACCGCGACCCGGCGCUGGCCGCGCGGCUGUGCGCCGCCUCGGCCCCAACACUACUGCGCGCGCACCGCGCCUCCGGCACCGACAUGGACGCCGUGCUCGUCUACAGGGACUACAGGUAACGGAUCCUUCAAGAACCACUCAUAUUAAGCUAAGACACUGUUCUGACUCUGAUAGAGCCGAACUAUCGGGAACUCUAGUCGUAUAUUUAACCGAUUACAGAAAAAGCAGGAGAUUCUAUAUUUAUCUGUAUGUUUUUUUCUGAAAGCUGACGGAAAAUGUUAAAAGCAGAUGGCGCUAGUGUCGAUUUGGGCCAUAUGCCACAGUACACUCGAAUUGUCAUUACAUAUUAGAAAUGUUGUCGAGUAGACAGUUUACAGCUAAUAACAAUAAUUGUAUUAGACCUUAUCGUUUAUUCACGUAAUAUUAAAUAAACCAUUCCUUUAUUAAUAAAAUAUGUAUAUAUACCUAAGUCAUAAAUUGUGCCUUUACAUAGUUAAAUUUAUGAAUAAAAUAUGUCAUCAAUGUAAUUUACUAGAAUUUCUCUCUCAAACUUAAAUUUUAAGAAAUCACAUGCAGCCAUUUCUAUAAAGUUGUACUGAUUUGCUACUAAAUACUUAGCUUAUGUUCCAAAAUUGUAUGCUUGAGAACUUCUCUAAUGUAAAUAUUUGAAGUUAAUGUUUUGUUGACUAUUAUUUGCAUAAUUAUUUAAGUCAGUCAGUGGUGUACAAAUGGCAAAAAACGUAUUAAGUAAGUAAUAAAUACUAUAGAACUGUUAUGCUAUACUUAUGUCUACAUUAAUUUUGAAAGGUAAGGUAAGGUGACAUCUCGCCACUCCAAAUAGCACUUUUCUGUACCACCUACCUACUAUCCUUUUGUUGGCAUUUAAAACCGUCUGUAAAUAAAAUGCGCUGUCAUCCAAAACCUCAGCAAAUUAAAUGAGAGGCAGGUGGCCACGACAUGUUACUUGUGUUUAUUUACAUAAUUAUAAUUAUUUUUUUCUUAAAUAUAGCUGGUAUUGGUAGUAUAGUUACUUAUAUUCAUAGUUGUAACCAUGAGACUGAACAUCCUGAGACAACUAGAUUUUGUUUUUUUUUUUUAACUAAUAACAUAUUAUGUAUUAUCAGAAUAAGUUCCAUUACAUCCAUGUGUAAUGUGUUAAAUGUUCUACUAGCUGUAUCGUCAAUAGCGCGACUGCCAAGUAUAGGUUCUUGUGUUUAUCAGACAAUAGCUGACCCGGCAAACUUUGUAUCGCCUCUUAACCCUUCCUUGAACUUCCACAAGUACUUCAACACCAAAAUUAGCCAAAUCGGUCCAGCCAUUUUCGAGUUUUAGCGAGACUAAUGAACAGAAAUACAUUUUUAUUUAUAAGUAGAAGAUAGGACAACCUGUGGUUGGAAUUAUGCCUGUUAUAUGGCAAAAUGUUUUACUUUAACACAUUUCACACAGAACAAAAUAAUACUUUAAUUGUAAUAACAGUAACUUUACUUACUGUUUACAUCCUAAUAGUUCAAAGAUGAUUAACAAGGCUUACCUUGACUACAGCUGGUCUCUCAGUUCAAAUCUCUUGUCUAUCUGAUGCAUUGACUGUUCCUUGCUCUUCAAUAUCUUCAUGCAACGUCAAUAAUCAUUUUGCCCCUCUUGGUCCCCCAAUCACCCUGAAACACAUUACAUAACUAUAGCUAAGUACCUAUAUUAAUUUAGUUUUAAAUAAAAUUAUAUUUUCCAUUAGUUACACAAUAAUAUACAAUUUUGAUGACACACAAAAUCCACGCACUACUUAUCUACACACACAAACAUAACGUGUUAAAUAUUUAUCACGGAUCACUUUUAACAGAUUUAACAAGAACUUUACAAUCACAGUUCUCUACCAAGUGACAGGCUAACAAUUUAUAAUUGUCCUAUAGGUACUAUGUAUAGAGCUAGAGCCAGCACAUCAAAAUACACUCAGCUGUCAAAAUUAUUCAAUACAUUUUCAUCUUUAUUGCAAAAACAGUAAAGUUGUAAAUCUAAUAAAGAGAUCUGACAGAUUUGGGUACAUCGAUACUUCGGUAACGCUAUGAGCAAUGCGAUGGUCAAUGGUCAAUCAGCCCUUCAAGUCUUGACAGUUAACAUUCCUUUACAUAUUUAUUGAUUUUGAGCUUUAUAACAAAACUGAUAAGGUUGAUAAUCUAUUUAGAAAAUUUAUUGAUUGUUGUUUUAAUAGUCGAGAUUUUCAGCCUUGUCUUUAAAUGCCACUUAGAAAUCAUAUAAAAAUCAAGUAAAUAAUAAUUUAUUAAAUUCUUAAUAUUAUUGCGCAGUUACUUAAUUUUGCGUUCAAUUAUAACUCUAACAUAGUGUGAACACAUCCUUACCUGGGUAUUUACAAACCAUAGAGCAGAAAAAUCUAUAAUUUCUGUCUAUUUUCGUCUAUUCUUGGGGAUUUACCACUUAAUGAAAACGUUGUGCUAUAUUAAACUUUAAGGCUGUAGUAAUAAGAUGUAUUAUUGUGUAAUAUGUGAAUGUUGUAGUUUUGAUAGUAGAUCGGAUUUAUCUAGCACGUGUAUAUUAUACUCAAUGGUGCAAUCCAUGGCCAGGGCCACGAUAUAAAUACUUAGACUACUGAUGUAUAUAUGUAAAUAACAAAUUGAUGUAUUGCAUAAUGGAUGCUACUAUAUUUCUAUAAAUUACAUUAUUCCCACUUUCUACCAGUUAUACUGCUUCGUUGGUCGAGUGGUUGCAAGUGCGUCGGCUGGGCAAGGAGUCUCAGUUUCGAUUCCCGGGUCGGGCAAAGUACUACUAAGCUUUUUUCGGUUUGUGUCUGGUAUAUGGCAAUAGUCUCACCCUCAUAACAUGGAAGUUAUAAAUGAUAACAGUAGGUAAUGGUGAAAAGUAGCCGUACAUUAUACAGUAGCAUUACGUGCUAUUAUGUGCACCUCUGCUUACCCCUUCGGGGAUAAAACAUUUGACGAUACGUUCGCCAGUAAUAUUAUGUAGGACACGAAAUAUGGACCAUGUAUGUAUCAAUCAAUCAAUGUAUUUACAAAAAUAUGGCGCAAUUUGUGUUACAAUAAUUCAUUCUCCGCAUAUCCUGCCAUAUUAUGGCCGAUAUCUAAUUUAUUAUUGUGUAAUGAAGCUAUUUUGUAGCCUGUUUGCUAUAAAUAAUUAGUUAUUUAAGUCUUAAUUGGGGACAAGUCUAUUCAUCUUGCCAAGUACCAAUAAACGUAUGUAUCAAAAUAAACUUAUCGCGUCUAAGACUGCUGGGAAAUAUAGACAAAUGUAACGCGUGUGUAUACAGAGGUGCACAUUAUUAAACGGAACACCCCACUUUUCACUAGUCAUGUAUGACGCCGAAAUAAUAUAGGUUACGCACAGCGUUUCUGCUUAACCAGGAAUCAAACUUCAGAUGUUGUUCUUGAGACUGAGUGUAUUAGGUACAUGGUUUUAUGUGGACCUCUGCCUACCUCUUUUAGGAAUAAAACGCGUGACAAAAAUUAAAUAAAAAAAUAUGUGAUGCAAUGCAACAUGGGCACUAAUACAUAUGCGAGGUGAAAUGAACGUUAAUUUUAUUAUGUGUAAGGUGGGAAAUUGAUUGUAUUGUAUGUCUAGAUGUAGCCAAUGAACAUAUUAAUAUCGUCUUUGUUAUUUUUAAUGUAGGUAAGACAGAGGUACAUGCACUACAAACAAACACUCCAAUUUAAUUUAUUAGUCUACAUACAUAGGGUUGAAAAUCUGUUAAAAAAUAUGCCAGAUUGGAUGUAGACAGGUAUUCCCCGCUCUUUAUCCCCGUGUGUACGGGAACUACCCAAUGUUUCCGGGAUUUGGCCGAUAUCCAUACCUACUUAACUUCCAAUAGUGAGCUAUUGAUUGUUGUAUUUAUAGUAUUUUUUUUUAAGUGUGAGAGAGCCAUGUUUCGGCACGAAUGGGCCGGCUCGACCGGAGUGAUACCACGGCCGAGCAGACAACCGACGUGAAACAACGCUUAUGUUGUGUGAGUGAGGUUACCGGAGGCCUAAUUUCCCCUUCCCAAUCCCCGAUUCCCCAACAACCCUUACAUUCCUUACCCCCAAAAGGCCGGCAACGCACUUGUAACGCCUCUGGUGUUUCAAGUGUCCAUGGGCGGCGGCGAUUGCUUACCAUCAGAUGAUACGUCUGCUCGUUUACCGGCUUGGUCCAAAAAAAAUGGGAAUUUCGUAUUGUAUGAGUAACCUUCAAUGCACCUUCACAGAAAGGCGCAAUCUUACACGAUCUGCAAAUAUUUCCUCAAAAAUCCUUGCAUGUUGAAUCACCAUUCAGGAUGAAUGUGGCACUGAGAAAUCCUAGACUAAGUCAGUAAUAUGUAUAGAAUGAUAAUAAGUCUGGUGGUAUAUCAAUCAAGACGACAAAAUGAAAUGUGAUGUAUGUAAAUAAGAUUAAAUAAACUAUGCUAAGUACCGUAUAAGUACAUAUUUUGUAAGGAAAAUAAAUUAUUUAAAACUAUG